AUGACUGUUACAGCUAAUUCUGAUCAACAUGCAUCAUCUUACAUUGCACGACCAUGUGCAAAUUUUCGUCCCAACAUUUGGGGGGAUAUUUUCCUUCAAUAUCAUAAUUCACCAUUGGAUGUCGUGAAUGAAAAUAUGAGGCAACAACUUGAAACAUGUAAAGAGGAAGUGAAGAAGAUUUUUCUAUCUUCUAGCAAUAAUAUCUCACAAAAAUUAAACAUCAUUGACUCAAUGCAACGUUUGGGUAUAUCUUAUCAUUUUGAACGUGAAAUUGACCAAGCAUUAGAACAAAUCCAAAAGAUUUCCAUCAAUAAUGCACUCGACAUAGAAGAAGGUGACCUACACUCUAUUGGAUUACUCUUUAGAUUGCUUAGACAAAAAGGAUAUCACAUUUCAUCAGACAUAUUCAACAAAUUCAAGAAUAAGGAGGGAAAGUUCAAUGAAACCAUUGUGGAAGAUGUUGAAGGAUUAUGGAGUUUGUAUGAGGCAACACAAUUAAGCACUCAUGGUGAAGAUUCAAUAGAUGAAGCACAUGAUUUUGCUUACACUAACCUCAAGUCCAUGAUCACCAAAAAUAAGUUGAGCACAUAUCUUGCUAAGCAAAUUGAUCAAAGCUUAACGCUACCAAUUCACAAGGGAGUUCCAAGGAUAGAGACAAGACGUUACAUGUCCUUCUAUGAAGAGGAUCCUUCUCAUGACAGAGUCCUUCUACGUUUUGCAAAAUUAGAUUUUAAUGUUUUACAGAAAAUGCAUCAAAAAGAACUUGGAAAUAUCACAAGGUGGUGGAAAGAAUCAGAUUUUGCAACUAAGGUUCCCUAUGCUAGAGAAAGGGUGGUUGAGGCAUACCUUUGGCCAUUUUCUAUGUCUUCAGAGCCUAAAUGUAGCACUCACAGAAGGAUUGUUGGCAAAUUGAUUUCAUGUAUUUGUCUUCUUGAUGAUACUUAUGAUGCCUAUGGCACUCUUCAAGAACUUGAACUCUUCACACAGGCAAUCAAAAGAUGGAAUGCUAAUCCUAUCAAAUCUCUUCCAACAUGUUUCAAAGUGGUAUUUACCGCAAUUUUAGAAGUGGUGGAUGAAAUUGAAUCAGCAGUAGUAGAUGCGAAAAAAUCAACCCUAGUGUCGAAACAUGUUAAACAAGCGUUUCUGAAUUUGGCUGAAGCUUACUUGUUGGAAGCAAAAUGGUGCAAUGAGGAUUAUGUUCCAACUUAUGAUGAAUACAAGGUUAAUGGAGCUAUGUCUUCUUCAUUGCAACUUCACAUAGUAGCAUUUGUUGGUCUUGGUGAAUUUGCAACCAAAGAAGUCUUUGAUUGGAUAUUUAGUGAUCCAACAACAAUUAUAAAAGCUGUAUCACUUGUUGGCAGACUCAAGGAUGAUCUGGCUUCACAUAAGUUUGAGCGGGAAAGAGAUCAUCAUGUUGCUUCAGCAGUUGAAUGUUGCAUGAAGCAAUAUGGAAUUUCACAAGAAGAGACAUACAAACUCAUUCAAAAGGAAAUCAAAGAUUUUUGGAAGGAUAUAAAUGAAGUGUGCCUCAAUCCAAAUAAUCAUAUUCCAAAGGCAGUGCUUGAGUGUGUUGUUAAUUUGGGACGUAUAUCUGAGUUCACAUAUGCAAACUUUCAAGAUAGAUUCACAAACGGAGAAUUUAUGAAAGAAUGCGUUUCUGAACUACUUUUAGAUCCCAUCGCUAUUUACUAG